UUAUGUCAAAAUAAUGUAAAAAGUCGAACUCAAAAGUUUUGCGUGGGCACAAUUUAUCAAUUUACAUUCGUUCUACACAUUAAAAUUACGAAAAAUGAAUAACGCCAAAUUCCAAGAAGUGUACAGUGACCUAACGCUCUACACCACUCCAGAUAAAUUCUUCAUCGAGCCGAAAGCUGGCGAGGAAUUGAUGGUAAUAGAGCGAAAUUCCGAAAAUAUAAUAUGUUUCAAAAGCGACCACAGACAUCUGAUACCUGCAGCGAACAGCCGGAAGGAUUUCUGCGGGUUAAUAGGUAUAAUCCAACUGUUAGCUUGUCCCUACUUAGUAGUAGCAGUUCAAAGGGAAUUGGUCGGUUACAUAGCAGGUUGCGCUGUCUGGCGUCUCGCCAAAGCCGAACUAAUUCCAUACAGGAGCUGCGCGCACUUAUCGCCUGAAAAACAAGCAGACAACGAUGUCUAUUUGUCCAUGGUGUAUUCUGUACUAUCCACUCCAUUUCUAUACUUUUCGUACGACUACGAUCUAACGCAUUCCUUGCAACGCUUGCACGGUAUAAGCCCUGAUUUUUGGAAACAAUCCUUGUUCGAGCGAGCCGAUCAAAGGUUUGUCUGGAACGGAAACCUGUUAUACUCGUUCAAAGGAUUUUCGAUACACAGAUUUUGCUUGCCUCUCAUGCACGGAUUCGUUUCGAUAAAUUUCUGCGUGGUGAACGGGCAUAGUUUAAACUGGUCGAUUGUUAGUAGAAGAAGCAUUCAAAGAGCGGGAACCAGAUUGCACCGAAGAGGGUUAGAUAAAGAAGGAAACGUGGCUAAUUUCGUUGAAACCGAGCAAAUAGUCGAAUACCAAGGCGACCGGGCGAGUUUCGUGCAAAUACGAGGGAGCAUUCCCCUGUUUUGGCAACAAGAUCCCGACCUGAGAUACAAACCGCCGCCUACUCUACUCGAUGUCGAUCCGCAAGAUCAGCACUCGAUGUGUCUGAAGCACAUGAACGAUUUGAUGACUUUCUACGGAAAGAUCGUCUGCGUGAAUCUAGUGGAUCAAAAAGGAGCUGAAGGAAACAUGGAAGUCGCAUUUAAGAACGCCAUUACCAACGUAUCGUCUCCAUCGGUGAAGUACGAAUCAUUCGAUUUCCACGCCGAGUGCAGCAAAAUGCGAUGGGACAGACUGUCGAUUCUCAUCGAUCGUUUGGCGCACGAUCAAGACGAAAUGAGUUUCUUCUUAUUGCUAAGAGACGGCUCGUUGAGUUCGUUGCAAGACGGUGUAUUCAGAACGAACUGCAUCGAUUGCUUGGACCGCACGAACGUCGUGCAAAGCAUGCUGGCCCAUCGGAAUCUCGAAAGCGUGCUCAGAAAAUUGCAGAUCCUCCAUCAGAAUCAAACGUUGGAGUUCCAGUAUUCGUUCGAGGUGUUGUUCAAGAACGUUUGGGCGGACAAUGCGGAUAUAAUCAGUACCCAGUAUUCGGGUACAGGCGCUUUGAAGACGGAUUUCACGAGGACCGGGAAACGUACGCGCUACGGAUUGCUUCAGGACGGUAUGAAUUCCCUGACGAGGUACUACAAGAAUAAUUUCGCGGACGGGCUCCGGCAGGACGGCAUCGAUCUGUUUUUAGGCAACGGUAAACCCGUUUCGCCUUUGCAUAUUGAUAAGGGAUGGAAAUACGUGACUUAUCCGUCGAUUCUAUUGAUAGCUGUGGCUAUGUUCGUAGCUUGUGCUGUUACUCCCUCCGAGUACUCGACGGAUUCCUUGCUGUUUCUCUUGUUCUGGGGUUCCAUGGUCUAUGCAACUUUGCACACUAUUUUGAAGUACGGUUCGGAGUUUGUAGAUAAACCUAGGCUCACUCAUUCUUAACAAUUAAUUUACUAAAUUGUCCGGUAUUUUUCUUCCUCGAUUUCCAAAAGGGUAUAUUUUUAAUUCCGUAAUUUAAAGAUUCUUGAGACACUGUUAGAGGAGGACAAUUUUUAAUUGCAUGUAUACAGUUUGGAUUGUAACUUGUAACUAAAUGAGAAUUAAUCCUUCUGUAUAAUCAUAUUCGUAUACUGUCUAUUUAAAGAAUUAUACAUGUAUAAAUGUAUUAUUAUCGAAAUGAAUCAUUUAAGAAAAUAAAGACUCUGUGUAGGCAUCAAAAGUUUCAUAAUCUUAUUCUUCUAGUUGUAGCUAAAAAUAAUUUAAUGAGGAUAGAAGCCUAAUUACAAUUUUUUGUAUAUUUUUAUUAUAAUUGUUGGUAAAGUUAAACCUAUUGUUUUGUUUCUUAUAUAAUGCAUUGUUAGAGGCUACAACCAUUUUAUCUAGUAGAAUAGACCGGUGAAGUUACAUGUUUUUUAAAUUAUAAUUUCCUUGACUUUAUAAUAAAAUUAACCUUUAGAGGUUGCAAUAUAUGUGAUAUUUAUUAAAGUGGAGGUCGGAUUUAUUUGUUAAACGAAGGCAUAUGUGAACUUUUUUUAGUCGUUUAAAUAAAUGUUUCAAUUGUC